AGCAAAGCCGAGGCACACACACACACACACACACACACACACACACACACACUGAAUACUUUAAAGACCAGUAGGGGCUCUGGCUCUGGUGGCUUCAGUCUUUGUCAAUGGCAGGAGCUGACACUUCGAGCACUAUGGAUCUGAAGGACUCUCCGGUCAAAGGGGGCGUCUUCAUUGUUCACCAGGUCCAUGAGGGGAAGCACCAGUAUGUAGUGGACAACGUCGUGAACUACAAAACCAGACGUGCAGAAAAGAUGUUUGUCAGAGGGGACAGGCUGAUAAAGGUUAAUGACAUGGACCUGAGGGAGCUCCAACCUGAGGCACUGGCCAAAAUGUUAGCUGAGGGGAAUCCAACGCUGGAAGUGCACAAGGCGUCUGAGGUUGAGGAGCACCAGGAGCAGCCCUCACAAACUGUAGAGACAUUUUAUCCCAUCUCCAAAGAAUUCACAAUGCUCAGAUUCAGCGUGGAGAUGAAGAAGGAGGAGGAUGAAGUGGAACCAGAAGAUGGGGGGUGGCAGGAAGAGGGCUCCGGGGGCCAAGUUUGCCAAGGUGGAAACGAGGAGAGCGACCUGGUCGUUGUGACCAUGGAAAAAACGAGCAUCUCUGUGUUGAAGGGGAGGGGCUGUGAAAAAGAGGAUGCCUGUCCUGGGUGUCAUGGGACAGGAUGUGCCAUUAAUGAUGUUGUCAUGGUGUCAAAAUCCAGCACAGUGACACUUGUGCCAAGAGGUAGUUACAAACAGGAAACUCAUACGACCGCUUCAAUUGAAAACACAGCAUCUCACCAAUAUCUGAGAGCUCUGUGCUGUGGGAGCGUCCUCUAUGCGUCACCAAACCCAGAGAAAAUCACCAUAUACCACUACAAGUCAAGUUUCGUGGACAGUACUUUCAGGGGGAUGCCAGUGGUGCUAAACUUCACAGACACCAACCUCUUCCUCAGGUGCUGUAAGGACGGGGAGCGGGCCAGCCUGCAGCUGGAGACGUACGAGAAGCAGAAGCUGAGGCAGAUCGCCAAGAGUGACGAGCGUGCCCUCUCCUUUGUCUUCUACAUGAAGUCUGACAACUUAAAGCUGACAAAGUUUGAGUCUGCGCUCCACAGCGGCUGGUUCAUCCAGAUCGUCAGUAUCAACACGGACUUUCAGGUGACGAUCGACACCUGCUGGAAGGAUGACCCGUCGUUCCUCUUCGUCAUUAGGAAGUGAAGUCUUUAUUUAAGUCCUUUAAAUAGUUAUGUUCUGAGUUUUAUUAAGUGUUUGGGCCACUGGUCCAGUGACAGAACACCAGUCACUGUGUCAAAUUCUGCUAUUGCAGAAAUGUGUAGAUAUGUAUCAUACAAAAGCGUUUGAUAAGGAACAUGAUGUGUCUGUGUGACCCCCAUUAAAUGUGAAUCUGCUUUUGAUAAUAA